CUAGCCCACUUUGCUUUCUACUUCCUGUGCAGAGAAUACAUACACAGCGACAGCGUCAUGCUCAGAUAUUGAGACUGUUUUCCUUUGGUGAAUAAAACAACACGGAUUACCACGUUUUCCUGGGCGCUGUCCUAUGUACAGUUGCAGCAGGAACAAGCACCACUAGACUGUCAGACGGUGGCCACCGGGAAAAGUAGCCAACUGCCUAUUAGUGUUCAGAGGAGAUCGAUGGAGGGUGCUCACCGGGAUGAGGACGAGAUGGACAUGACCGUGGAACAACUCCGUUGCUGGAUUCAGAAGGAGGUGGAGGGUAACAAGUUGUUGAACCUAAAGAAAACCCAGCUCGAUCAGAUGAAGAUGCUGAUAGAACGCAGGGAGGAGCAGACGACCAGCACUAAGGUCCUCCUGAACCGCACACACGAGUUGAUGGCGGGGUGUGAGACCUCGAUGAAGGAGUUGUAUUGUGAGAUAGGCAUGGUCUACAAGGAGACCGACUCUGAGGAAGAGGAGGAAAUCCAACCCAUGGUCAUAGAGAUAGAUGAUGAAGAUGAUGCUGCCGACCUGGAUGACGAUGGUGAUGUCAUGUGUGUGGACAAUGGUGAGGAAGCUCCCCAAAUUGUCAACGGCCGUGAAGGUGAUAAAAAGUGUGAAGGGGAAUCAUCACUGUCCCUCGUCAGUGAACGGGACAGUGACCCUCAGGAAUCACCCUGCCUGCCGUCAGAGACCCCCGGCACAGAGAACUGGACCUACCAGCCGUCCCCCGCCAGCACCGCAGCCUCAAGCCCCCCCCGUGGUAUCAGCCCUGUCAGCGGAACAGACAGUUCUUCUGACUUGCUGAGCCGAAGGCCGAGCAGCGCUGACGAGACCCAGGAUCAAAUCCCGCCCCGGAAGCAAUGCUUCCAACAAGUCGCUGCUCGGUUUCCGGUGUUGAAGAACGGUAAAGAGGUGGUGGUGCUGAGCAAACUUCCAGUGCCCAGGCUGCUUGACUCUGUCACCCGGACCAGGGCUCAGAGGGAGGAGGAGAAACAGGCGGAGGAGAAACAGGCGGAGGAGAAACAGGCGGAGGAGAAACAGGAGGAUGAGCUACCAGAGGCGGAGCUACAGGAGGCGGCGCUACAGGAGGCGGCGCUACAGGAGGCGGCGCUACAGCAGGCGGCGCUACAGCAGGCGGCGCUACAGGAGGCGGCGCUACAGCAGGCGGCGCUACAGCAGGCGGCGCUACAGGAGGCGGAGCUACAGGAGGCGGUGCUACAGGAGGCGGAGCUACAGGAGGCGGAGCUACAGGAGGCGGAGCUACAGGAGGCGGAGCAACAGGAGGAGGAGGAGAAACAGGAGGCGGCGGAAGAGAGCAGCGAUGGGUCAGAUGCAUCGUGGAAGCCACCUAAAGGCAGUUACCAAAGCUCUAGCGCCGGGACGGAGUCCUCGGAGGAGAGCGAUGCAGAUUCAAUUCCUGGCACCAAGAGGCUUGGCCGAGGGGCUGCUGCUGCGCCGAGGAGCCGAGCGGGUCCUGGUCUCGCCACGCACAAAGGACAAACCAAAACGAAAAGAAAGGGAAAGAAGGGGGAAGAACCGAGUGAGCUGAGCAUAAAUCCCAGCAGCACCGGCACUCCGUCCAGGACCGGCACGAGCGGCUCUCCUGCCUCAGCACAACCGCCGCAGGGAAACACGGGUAAAUCGUCGGUGGUGCCGCCCUCCUCCAACCGGGCCACCCAGAUCCCCCCACAGCUCUCCCAGGAGGCCAUCAAGGUGGGCAUGAUGGUUCUGGCCCGGAGAAGUACAGAGAACUGGCAACAGAGCAAGAUCCUAGAGAUCAAAUCAGCUGACAAUGACAACAGAGAUAAGUAUAAGGUGGAUUUGAAAGGGAAGGGAAGCUGGCUGCCCGGACACCACAUAGCGUUUGACCACACUCCCUCGCUGGGCAGCCUGUACGUCGGGGUGCGCUUGCUGGCCAAGGGCCAGGAGGACAACCAGUCCGGGUUCUCCUCCGGUACUCUUGCAGAACUACCCAUCGUUAAGAACCGUAUGAGGUUCCUGGUGUUCCUCGACAAUGGAACGCCGUGUUACGUCGGCCUGCCUCGGCUUCGCUUGGUUUGCAGACCGUUGGAGAGCAUUAGCGAUGAAGACAUCGAGGAUAAGACCUACAAAGACUUCCUGGUGGAGUACCUGAAGGUGUACCCCUAUACCCCCAUGGCUCAAUACCGCCUGGGCCAGCACAUCAACACCGAGCACAACGGCAUCCAGAAGAGGUGCCAAGUAGAGGCCAUCGACAGCAGCCUCAUACACAUCCUCUUCCAAGAUGACCAGCACAAGGAGUGGCUGUAUAGAGGCUCUACGCGUCUGCAACACUUGGCCCAAAUGAAGAAACAAGCGUCAAAGGAGACUUCAGAGACAUCUGCGUUACCUCAGCAAAUGACUACCUCAGCCGUCUCCAAGCCCCGGAAGUAUCAGAAGAUCUUGUCGUCCAGUGCUUCCGGCCAGGCCUCGUCCAGUGCAGUGACCCCGUCCAAACCUGCAAAACGCUCUCCUCUCACCAGCACCGUCAUUCCGCCUCGUGCCUCGUCGGCCCCCUACACCGUCCAUCGCUGCUGCCCUGCCUGCCUCGGCCCCAGGGGAGAGCACCGCGGAUGCAACCCCCUGUUCUUCCCUCUGCUCUGUGGCUUCAGCCGCAAGAAGGCCCGCUUUCCUGUACAGGGUUACAAGAAGAAGUCCUUCCACAUCUUCUACCGUUCCCCGUGCGGCGUGUCCCUGGCCAGCAUGUCCGUGCUGCAGGACUACCUACACCAGACCCGCUGUGACUACCUCUCCAUCAACAUGUUCUGCCUGGACCCCACUGUGUCCGUCACCACCACUUUCCAGGCCAAGGAGGCCAAGAUCUUCAUCCCGGACCUGAGCCAGGGCCACGAGGUGCAGCCUCUUUCCUGCAUCAACGAGCUGCACAAUCACCGUCCACGUGGCAUCUUCUCCUACAUCAAGAAGCAGGUGGGGGACGGCGCGGUCAGCAUCAACACCAGCCUGGACUUCCUGGUGGGCUGCGACUGCACGGAUGGAUGCAGGGACAGGACCAGCUGCUCCUGUCACCAGCUGACAGUCGAGGCCACGGCGCUGGAGGCUGGUGGGAUUGUGGACGUCAACGCUGGCUACUCCCACAUGAAACUGGAGAAGCGCCUGUCGACAGGGGUGUACGAAUGUAACUCUCUGUGUCGCUGUGACCCACGCUUCUGCUCCAACCGGGUGGUGCAGCACGGGCUGCAGGCUCGCCUGCAGGUGUUCAUGACCCAGAGGAAAGGCUGGGGCGUGCGUUGUCUCGACGACGUGGCCAUGGGCUCAUUCAUCUGCUGCUACGCCGGCAAGGUGUUGACUAGCGAGGAGUUCAAGAACAACAUGGUGGACCUCUUCUGUGCCAAACUGAGCCUCAUAGAGGGAGUGGAGACCCACAGUAAGGACGGCUACGAAAGCGAGGCCCCCUGCUCUGAGAAUGAAACAGACGGAAGUGACUCCGAGCAGGUGAGGGGAGGUGAGGAUCGAGCCGGCUCCGACCGCGACACCAACAGCAAGUCUGACGUGGAAUACCGGUCUGACGCCUCCUCUCUGAAGAGGAGCUAUGUCACGCGCAGAAACAACAAACUCUUACAGGAAGGCCCGGAGAAGGAGGCCGAGUCAGAGGACAAAUCUCCUGUCCGGCCAACUGACAAAAACAACAAAGAAGAAGGUUCUUCGACCACCAGAAGGUUCUUCGAAGAUGAGAAGACCUCCUACGUCGUUAGUUCUAAAGCGGCGGGGAAUGUGGCUCGCUUCUUCAACCACAGCUGUUCCCCUAACCUGUUUGGUCAGAAUGUAUUUGUGGACAACCAUGAUCUCCGAUUCCCCUGGAUAGCCUUCUUUGCCAAAAAGCGCAUCAAGGCUGGCUCAGAAUUGACUUGGGACUACAGGUCACAGAUUGGUGCACUGAAUGAAAGAGUUGUGAAGUGUCUCUGUAGCUCCCCAAAAUGCAGGGGCAAAAUAUGAUAGUCCAACGGUACAUAAAUGAAAUACACUUUUAGUAUCGUUUUAUUUUUUUAUACAUUUCAAAUAAAACAUGUUUGUAUCUUGA